UAUUUCUUAACAAAGUGGUGAUAGAAGAGAGAGAGAGAGAGAUCUAGAGAGAGAGCUAGAGAGAGAGAGUAAUACUUGUGGUUGGUGGCGCAUUACUAGUGUUGCAAGCUAGCUAGGUAGUAGUGAUGGGACGACAGCCUUGUUGUGAUAAGCUAGGGGUGAAGAAGGGGCCGUGGACGGCGGAGGAGGACAAGAAACUCAUCAACUUCAUUUUCACCAACGGACAAUGUUGUUGGCGCGCCGUCCCUAAGCUGGCCGGGCUGCGCCGCUGUGGGAAGAGUUGCCGGCUCCGAUGGACUAACUACCUCCGCCCUGACCUGAAGAGAGGGCUACUUACCGAAUCCGAGGAGCAAUUGGUCAUCGACCUCCAUGCUCGUCUUGGCAAUAGGUGGUCUAAAAUUGCAGCACGAUUGCCUGGAAGGACCGAUAAUGAGAUUAAGAACCAUUGGAAUACCCAUAUCAAGAAGAAGCUUCUCAAGAUGGGAAUCGAUCCCGUCACCCAUGAACCCCUCAACAAAGAAGAAACCAAGACAUCCGAAUCAUCGUCUCACUCUGAUUGUUCGCCAGACGACCAUGAUCAGCUGAAAUCACAGGAGACCAACGACAAUAAUCCUAGCUCGGAGGAAAACUCGAUAUGCUCACCAGUAGAGAAUUUUUCAAAUACCGAGUCCAAUUCGCUUAGCCUUUGCGACGAUGACCUAUUGAUGAGUUGCUUGUGGGGGGACGAAGAAAUCCCUAUAAUCGAUGAAAUAUCAUGGGAUUUUCCUGCUGCUGGACCGAACUUUAAUAGUAACAACAACGGUUCGAUUCCGUCUUGGGAUGAAACCUGUGCAUGGCUAUUGGAUUGCCAGGACUUUGGGGUUCAAGAUUUCGGUCUCGAUUGCUUCAAUGAUGUUGAAGUCAUGAACACACUAAACGCGUUAGAGGUGGACAAUAAGUAAUAAUCUGUCCGGUUGAUCGGAUUCUCUGUCUUCUAAACUUUUUAUUCCUCGUCUAUGUGAUUCACUCAAACAUGCCAGACCCGGUUAAUUGAAGUGGACUAUAUAUAAGAAUUCUGAGGACAGAGGAUCCCGCGCCUACCGGUAACCCUUGUAGGAUGAGAGGAAGUAUAAAGUUUGGAGUAAUCUUUUUCACAAGGGCGCAUGCUACAAAGUGUACCAUGUAGGCCAGCUCAAACUUUAGACCCCUGGGUGAUGACUUGUUUAUAUAUAUAAAUACAGAAAUAUUCUUGGCAGGUGGAAAAUGAAAGCCUCGAUUCUUACAGAGGUUUUCUCACCAACCAAACAAUAUCAUACCAAACCCCACUGUCAUAAUGCAACCUUGGUUAGUUUUCGUGAAGGAUGAUGUAUGUAAAAGGUAGAUGGGCUUUGUUGUUAUGUCAAGCCCUUUGUACAUUAUCUGUUCAUGUCAAAAUCAAUAAAGAGUAUUUGUUUUGUUGUUGUUUUA